CCCGCACUCUCUGCAAGACUGCAACAGAUCAAUAACACACGAACAAACCCCACAACCAUUAACUAAACAAGCAUAAUUUUCCAGAUCUAACUAAUUAAGCGAUCACACCUCAAAGCCCAACGCAUCCCCGCCAAAGCUCCUAAUUCACGAAAAUGUCAACUGAUAGCGACGAUUUAGAAGAGGAUGAGCUCCUCCAGAUGGCCCUGAAGGAGCAGUCGCAGCGCGAUCUCAGCUACCAGAGGCCGCCACCGCCUUCAUCCUCUGGGGAUCCCCGUAAAGUGGUUAAUUUCGUGCAGCCUCCGCAGCAGAAGGCAAGGCCACCCCCGCAGAAGAGAGCGGGGAGCGGAGCGAUGCAGCAACAGCAGAAACAAAAGAACCGGAGGCCGGUGGAGGAGGAUGAGGAUUCAGAGGUUGAAAUGCUGAGCAUUUCCAGUGGGGACGAGGACGAUGGCAAGGAUCGAGGUGCUGCUGCGGCAGCUAAGGGCAGAGGAGGAAGCAAGGGAGCGAGGGAGGAAGAUAGAGGGUGGGAUGGGGAGGAGCCUGAUUGCUGGAAGAGAGUAGAUGAGGCUGAGCUUGCUCGUAGGGUUCGGGGAAUGCGAGAGACGAGAACUGCACCUGUGGCUCAAAAGUUUGAGAAAAAGCCAUCGGUAGUGGUUAGAAAGGGACUUAACAAUCUUCAAUCUUUACCUCGUGGCAUGGAAUGCAUUGAUCCUCUAGGAUUAGGGAUAAUAGAUAACAGAUCAUUAAGGUUGAUAACUGAGUCAUCAGAAAGUUCCCCAUUAAAAUCUGAUAAAGAUUAUUUGGAUGAUGAUCUUCGAGUGAAGUUGAUGUAUUUCUCUGAAAAGUUUGAUGCAAAACUUUUUUUGUCCCGGAUACACCAAGAUACAAGUGCAGCAGAUUUGGAAGGUGGUGCUCUUGCUUUGAAAACUGAUCUCAAAGGACGAACUCAACAGAGGAAACAAUUGGUUAAAGACAAUUUUGACUGCUUUGUCUCUUGCAAAACUACAAUUGAUGAUAUCGAGUCAAAAUUAAAACGUAUUGAAGAAGACCCCGAGGGUUCGGGGACUUCCCACUUGUUUAAUUUAAUGCAAGGAGUAAGUUCACUGGCUAAUCGUGCUUUUGAGCCUCUCUUUGAGAGACAGGCACAAGCUGAGAAGAUUAGGUCCGUUCAAGGAAUGCUUCAGCGGUUCAGAACACUCUUUAACUUGCCUAGUACAAUUCGUGGGAGUAUCAGUAAAGGUGAAUAUGACUUGGCAGUUAGAGAAUACAAGAAGGCGAAGUCAAUUGCUCUGCCCUCUCAUGUGAAUAUACUUAAACGAGUCCUUGAGGAGGUCGAAAAGGUGAUGCAUGAGUUCAAGGGCACACUUUACAAGUCUAUGGAAGAUCCCCAAAUAGACCUGACGACUCUUGAAAACACUGUAAGGCUGUUUUUGGAGCUGGAACCGGAGUCCGAUCCUGUAUGGCAUUAUUUAAAUGUUCAGAAUCAAAGAAUUCGAGGAUUGCUCGAGAAGUGCACAUUAGACCAUGAAGCAAAGAUGGAAACUCUACAUAAUGAGAUGCGUGAAAGAGCCAUCUCUGAUGCCAGGUGGAGGCAAAUGCUGAAAAAUUUAAAUCAAUCUUCGGAUAUCAACUACUCACUUUCUCUAAGGAAUGUAAAUUUGCAAGUAGAUGCAGAGCAAGUAGACUUGACUGGUGAAGAGGUUGAUGUUCUUAGAGGAAAGUAUAUCCAUAGGUUAACUGCUGUACUCAUUCAUCACAUUCCAGCCUUCUGGAAAGUGACUCUCUCUGUUUUCAGUGGGAAAUUUGCAAAGCAGGAAAAAGUUGGCGAUGCAAAGUACUCAAGUCAUUCUCUUGAUGAAGUUGCUGGAAUGAUACGGACUACUAUUUCUGCAUAUGAAGUCAAGGUUCAAAACACAUUUCGUGAUCUUGACGAAUCAAAUAUUCUCCAAUCAUACAUGAGUGAUGCCAUAAAGGAAAUAUCUAGAGCAUGUGAAGCUUUUGAAGUGAAAGAAUCAGCUCCACCCACUGCUGUCAUGGCACUCAGAGCACUUAAUGCAGAAAUUACAAAGAUUUACAUCCUAAGGCUUUGCUCUUGGAUGCGGGGAUCAACUGAAGAGAUUUCAAAAGCUGAGACUUGGGUUCAAGUUUCAAUUCUUGAAAGGAAUAAGUCUCCAUACACUAUCUCUUACUUGCCUCUAGCAUUCCGAUCAAUUAUGGCCUCAGCUAUGGAUCAGAUCAAUUUGAUGAUUCAGUCCUUAAGGGGAGAGGUUACAAAGUCCGAGGAUAUGUUUGCUCAACUUCAAGAAAUUCAGGAAUCCAUUAGGCUUGCGUUUUUGAAUUGUCUCUUAGAUUUUGCAGGUCAUUUGGAGCAUAUUGGAGGCGAGCUUGCGCAGCACAAAUCAAGCAAAGACAUUUCACAUGUACAAAAUGGAUAUUCUCAUGAAACAGAAGACAAAUUUUCGUUGGAUCUCCCCGGAAGUAUUGUUGAUUCACAUCAGCAGUUACUCAUUGUCUUAAGUAACAUUGGUUAUUGCAAAGAAGAACUUUCUUAUGAGUUGUACAACAAGUACAAAAACAUCUGGCUGCAGUCUAGGGAAAAGGAUGAUGAAGAUAGUGAUAUGCAAGAUUUAGUUCUGUCUUUCUCUGGGCUUGAAGAGAAGGUCCUUGCACAAUACACAUUUGCAAAGGCAAAUUUAAUCAGAACAGCUGCCAUGAACUAUUUGUUCGAUUCGGGUGUUCAAUGGGGAGCAGCACCUACAGUCAAAGGUGUUCGAGAUGCAGCUGUGGAGUUAUUGCACACUUUAGUUGCUGUGCAUGCAGAGGUUUUUGCUGGAGCUAAGCCUCUCUUGGACAAAACGCUUAGCAUUCUUGUAGAAGGUCUCAUUGAUACUUUUCUCAGCCUUUUUCAUGAAUACAAAACUAAGGAUCUUAGAUUACUUGACGCAAAUGGCUUCUGUCAACUCAUGCUUGAGCUUGAAUAUUUUGAGACCAUAUUGAAUCCAUAUUUUACCGAUGAUGCACGGGAGUCUCUGAAGUCUCUACAAGGGCUACUGUUAGAAAAAGCCACUGAGAGUGUUGCUGAAGCUGUUGAGAAUCUAGGUCACCACCGUCGACCAACUCGUGGCAGUGAAGAUGCACUUGCAGAUGAAAGACAGCAAGGGAUGACUGUGUCUCCUGAUGACCUUAUUGCUCUUGCACAGCAGUAUAGCUCUGAGUUGCUUGAAGCGGAGCUUGAGAGGACUCGUAUCAAUACAGCAUGCUUUGAGGAAUCGAUGCCAUUAGACUCUGUACCAGAAUCAGCUAAAGUUGCUUAUGCUUCUUUCAGAGGGUCAGUGGAUUCUCCUAGCAGAAAUUACAGAGGCACUCAAGCUGUUGGAUCCCCAAGUUUUUCGCGGCAUAGGCGUAGAUAAGAUUGGUUAGUUCUAGUGAAUUGUGAGUUUUGGUUAUUUAACUUUCUGCAUGUAUUCAGUUGUAUUAUAGUUGUAACUUGUAAGAGCAGUCAAGUUAAAGGAAAGCCAUAUUUCUAUCCGUCCGAGCCUUCUUUUUCACGAGCCUGUCAUUUUUAUUCGUGGGUGUAAAGUAUGUUGUAUUUAACACGUUUCUGACAUAUUACAAGAUCAUGUUAAUAGAAGUUCCCUCAAUUUUUGAUC